AUGGCCGAAGAAUUCUGGUCUAAUGCAAGCAGAGACAUCGAUGGUAUGCUUGGAGGAUUUGCCAACUUACAUGUUCCCGACAUAAGGGCUUCGAAGAGUUUUAUCAAAAAAUUGAGAGAUAAGAAGUUUCUGGUUGAAAAUAAUCGUGCAGCAGACUGUGGUGCAGGCAUCGGACGUGUGACACGACAUUUGCUACUACCAUUGUUUAAGAACGUGGUGAUGGUCGAGCCUGUAGCGGAGCUUUUAGAGAAAAGUGUUUCAUACGUAGGGCAAGGAAACGUGACCAGAGUGCAGGUUGGACUACAGAAUUUCUAUCCGGAUCCUUCAACUUUUGAUCUGAUAUGGAUACAAUGGUGUUCAGGCCAUUUAACUGACAGUGACAUGGUCAACUUCCUCAGCCGUUGCAUAGACGGCCUCACUGAUGACGGUGUUAUAGUGUUCAAGGAUAACCUCUCCGCACAACAAGAAUCUGAGUUCGAUUGUGAGGACUACAGCUGGACGAGACCAGAAGCUCUUGUGUUGGAGUUAUUCGAUAGAGCAGGCCUCAGAGUUGUUGCUGAAAACUUACAAACAGGUUUUCCUAGUGGGAUGUAUAAAGUUAAAAUGUUUGCGCUUAAACCGAUCGCAAGCAAGUAUGCUAAAACUAAACCUGAGAACUAA